AUGAUGGAGAAGGCAUUCAUCCACAGGAUACUCACUUUGUUUCCAAAUGCCAUAGCUCGCAAAUUACUGCUGAUGUUGACAUUUAUCUUAAUUUUCUGGGUCAUUUACUUGGCUUCAAAAGACCACACAAAGCUCCAAACAAGAAGCACCACAAGUCUAGGACAUUUGGACAAUACUAUGAACCGGUCCAACAUGGGGGUUGAAAUUAUGAAGAACUUUGCCUCCAUUGAGGUCGUCCCAUGUAACAAGAAUGAGAACAGCAAACAGAAAUGUGAGAUUGGAAUGAAAACACCUUUCCCCAGUGGUUAUACUUUGAACAGAAGGUGGAUUACAGCAUUUUGCAAACAGACCAAGUUCAAUGCAACAAAAAAUAUAAAUGACUGUUUGGAAGGAAAAUUUAUUUACCUCAUGGGAGAUUCGAGUUACUACUUUAAAAAAGUUGUGAAAACCUUAAGAUGUUUUGAUCAUCAUGGAACUGGGAUCUUUAAAACACAUGUUCUUCUGGAUGGUGAAUGAUAUAUUUUGAUACAUUGGAAAAAACAUGGUCAUCCAUUUAUUAACCAAAAACUGUUCUCGGUGAAAGAUGAAAACUGUAUCUCACAGGAAAUUGACUGGGUAGCAGGAGACAAUAACACAGCCAUUGUCAUUACCCUCAGCCAACACUUCAGACCCUUUCCCAUCAGCAUUUUCAUCCAUAGGGCCAUCAAUAUUCAAAAGGCCAUUGACCAUCUAUUCUUGCGAAGUCUAGAGACCAAGUUGAUACUUAAAACUGAAAACACCAGCGAGAUAUAUCAAAAUGCAGAGAUGUUUAGUGACUUUCAUGGCUAUAUUCAGAAUCUUACCAUGAGGGACAUUUUUGUGGAUCUCAGUGUGGGUAUUAUUCAUGCCGGGGACGUGACAGUUGCAUAUUGCACUAAUAACACCCAUCUACCUGGUUAUGUGAUUGAAAAUCAGAUUGGCAUGUUCUUAGACUACGUUUGCUAG